AUGGAGACUUUGUAUCAUCAGACUAAUCACCUAAUUCAGGAAACAUCAGAACUUUUCCAGAAGUUAGAAAGAGAUCCGACAAACUAUGAGAGCAUAGAAAACGCAAUUCAGUCAAAAAUUAAUGCAAUUAGUGCGAACUGCGAGAGGUUGGAUAUAUACGUUUUCAAAACACCAAUCAACCAGAGGCCUAUGGCAAAAAUGAGGGUUGACCAACUGAAAUAUGACAACAAACACAUUCAGGCAUCUCUAAAUGCAGCCCAGAAUAAGCGGAUAAAGCGUGAACAGGAGCUAAGAGAUAGAGAACAACUGUUAAGUCGGAGGUUUGGACAUGAUCACACUGCCAUAAACGUGGACUACUUGGCGCAGGAGCAGUUGUCAUUGCAGAACUCACAUAGAAAUGUUGAUGAAAUGCUACACACAGGUUCAAACAUAUUGGAGACUCUAAAGUACAACCGUGAAACAAUAAAAGGUGCUCAUAGAAGACUAAUAGACUUAGCCAAUACUCUAGGUUUAUCGAACGCAACUAUAUCUCUGAUAGAGAGGAGGGUGUCUCAAGACAAAUACGUCUUGUUUGGCGGCAUGUUCGUCACUUUGACUAUCAUCGUGCUUGUGAUAAUAUAUCUGACAUAG